UCAAACGUUUUCGACAUGGACUUUAUUUUCAAAACUUCUAACAGACUCAUCGUAGCUUUGUCCUGCGAGGGUCGGCUGAGAAUCUUCACUCUCCAAAGGGUUUUACUUAAAAUACUCGGAUUCGAAUGGUGGAAAGAAGGCUUAAAUUUUCCUCUCCCAGAUUUCAUGAAAAAGUGGGGAUAUCAGGCAUUUUGGGUGAUUUUAAUGAUUUGUGAUAUCGUACUGACCCUUAAAGCCAGUGUGUGGAUGGCCAUCGACAACGAUUUAAAAUACACAAUUAAAAUGAACGGGAUAAUUGUAAUGAUGCCUUUUGUAGGUUCCUUAAUCAAAAUAUUUUACCUACGUUAUAUGCAGAAAGAAUUUAUUGAGCUGAUAGAAACGUGUGAAAGCAUCGGCCACCUGGACAUGGAAGAAGAAUCGAUACAAUCUGGUUUAAGGUUGAACUUUGUAUACAUUAACAUGCUCCUUUCUACUGUAGGGAUUUGGGCGAUAUUUUUCACCAUCAUAAACCAUGAAAUUCCAGUAGCGACAGAUUUCCCAUGGUCUCAGGACGUUGCCUUGGGCCAGUUUUUCAGCUUGAUGAUUGACUUCUACUGCGGCAUCAAUUGCUGUUUGGCCCAUUCCUUACUUGACACUAUAUUUCCAGUAUCUGCAAUCGUUAUCAUAGCCCAUUUGGCUACUCUGAGAAAAAAACUCGCCAAAUUGGGUUGCAACAAAUAUCAAGAUGAAGUUUUGUUAAACGAAUCGAUCGAACUGCACAACAAAUUAUUGAGUAUGAGCGAACUCCUGCAGAUCUGUUACAACGAGGUGUCAGUCGCCCAGUCUCUUUAUUCCGUCAUGCACUCCUGCGUCCUCAUAUUUGCCGUUGAACAAGUUCCAAACAAAUUCUCAGUAUUGGUGAGUUCAUUUCCUUUGCUGCUGUGCUCUUACGCACAACUGUGGAUGUACUGCUCUUUUGGACAGAUGAUGACGGAUGAGUUUGACAAGAUAUCUUUCGCUUUGUACAACAACCGAUGGUACGCGUGUAGCAUCUCUUCGAGGAAAGCUCUUGUGACUUUUGCACAAGCCUGUCAGAAAAAGGUGGGGCUCAAAGGCGUCGGCAACAUCAACGCGUCUUACUCUAAUUUUCUUCAUAAAAUUCAAGAUUCUGUCUCGUACUACUUGAUUUUAAAAACAGUGACGAGUGAAAGCGAUGGAGAAAAGAAUUAGAAAUGUCAAUUAAAUCAUGUUGCACUUCAAUUGCCAGUGAUUAUAGU